AUGGGUGUAAAGUCACUAUGGGAUCUCUUGUCUCCAGUGGGCCGCCCAGUACCGCUCGAGACCAUCGAAGGGAAAGCUCUCGCCAUUGAUUCUAGUAUUUGGAUCUACCAAUUUCAAGCUACUAUGCGCGACAAGGAUGGACGUGCAUUGGUUAACGCACAUGUGCUUGGUUUCUUCCGACGUAUCUGCAAGCUAUUAUUCUACGGGAUUCGCCCAGUCUUUGUGUUUGAUGGAGGAGCUCCUGCGCUGAAAAGAAACACGAUUAUCGAGCGUAAGAAAAAGAAGAGUGGUGCCGCUGCAACUCACGCCAGGAUUGCGGAGAGGCUGCUGGCAGCCCACAUGAGACGGGAGGCUUUGGCACAUACUCAAAUGUCACACCCUUCACCGUCAAAGGGCAAGCAGAAAGUGCCCCCGGGACCCGUGGUCCUGGAUGAGAAUGUGGUCUACCUUGAGGACAUUGAUGAUUCUGCACCGAAGACACCGGCAAAGAAGAAGGCAGAAGAAACACCUCCUUCGUCAAAAAGGAAAGCUCGCUUUUAUGAUCAUGAUCCUUACAGGCUUCCAGCAGUGAAUCUCGAGGAGCGCGUGGCAAAGGCUACUAGUUCACAGGCUCCAGACCCGCGCCUCGCCACAGAGGAAGAGCUCCGGACAUUCAUAGAAGAGAUGCGUCCAGAGGACUUUGAUGUCUCCUCUCCGGCAUUCCGAGAGCUGCCCACAGAAGUUCAGUAUGAAAUUGUUGGUGACCUUCGGUUGAAGUCACGUCAGACAUCGUACAAGCGCCUACAGAACAUGCUACGGAAGGCAGAGACUCCUCUGGACUUCUCUCGAGAACAGAUCAAGAAUCUCAAGCAACGAAAUGCUCUGACCCAACAGCUCUUGACGACUACCGACAGCAUCGGUAAAGCCCACAUCACCAUUCCCGUUCGAAUUGCCAAUGAACGAAAUAGAGAGUAUGUCCUUGUCAAGAACGAAGGGGCAGAUGGCGGAUGGGUCUUGGGCAUCCGAGACGACGGCACGCGGUCAAAACCAAUUGAGAUUGAUCAAGACAAACCCACGAUUCAAAGCGACAGCGAUGAUGACAUGGAGAUGGAGGAAGUCAGUAUACCAGAGAAUGCAACCCCUGACCCCGAUCUUCGGGAGUUCCAGGCAAGCAUGGCAUUGCACGCGAUAGGCAAACGCUUGCAGCCAUGCGUGCCAAAACCUGUCCAGAGGCGAAUCAAAUCGAAGCCUUUAUUUGAGCCGGAUGACGACGAGGACAUAUACAGACCUUUGGACGAAUUUGAUCACAUCGGGGAUCCUGAGCUUGCUCUUGCCAUCCAGGCUUCACUAGAAGAUCAUACUGCAAAUUACAGUACGUCUUUCCAGAGUAGGGACAUGGCGAAAUUUGACCUUCGUUCAGUCACUUCAGAACCUUCUAAACCUAGUCCUCCUGCAACUCCUCAGUCAAAAUCUGCCCUUCGACACCAUGAUUCUGAUGAUGAUUUAUACACGUCCCCUUCUCGGUUGGAGACCGCACUUUCGAUCGCGGGGGCUGGUCCGGUGCCAAGGUUGUCUGGAGCUUUGCAUGAACUUCCAUCGCAAUCUGCGUUUGGGAAGGUGGCUUUGUUGAUUUCACCGAAGACAGCAUUGCGUCCCAUCGACCAAUCAUCCUUGUCAGAAUCAGAAGAAAGCAUGGAUGAAGUAUCGCCUAGACAGGCAGUUGAGGUACCACACAGAAAGCCAUCGCCCGUUGUUAGCAACGCCCAUGUCGAGACGCCACAAUCUCCCAAAGUUUUACAGGGGGCUGCACAAGAUUCGGAUGACGACAUGGAAGAAGUCCCAGUCAUUGAUGCCAGUCACGUUCAUAAUAUACCCGAGAGUUCUGUACCUACGGCAAUCUCAGCACCGGAGGAUGCGACGAAAGAACAGCAGUCAACGUUCCCUGCAUCUUUUCAGCUACUGAAGUCACUAGAACGUCCGCCACAGCCUUCAACCCCUAGUGUGGUCACGCCCGAGGCUCAGAUACCUGAGAGCGACGAUGAAUCUGAUGUCGAAUGGUCACGGGCUCCGUCUCCUGUGCUCGGUACUGCUUCAGAGAGUACCGAUCAAAGAGCGUCUGCUGCUGCGGAAACGUGGGAUGCCGCCGAGGAAAUGGAUCCACAUGCUGAAGAAGGCGAAUUUGCCCGGUUUAUCUCGCAAGUCAAGGGCAAAGAUUUGGAUGCCGUCAGACAUGAGAUCGACGAAGAGAUUCGGACAUUGAAUCAACAGAAGAAGGCAGCGAUGCGUGAUUCAGAGGAUAUCACUCAACAAAUGAUCUCACAAAUUAUGCUCUUGCUGCGUCUCUUCGGGAUUCCAUACAUAACUGCACCGAUGGAAGCCGAAGCACAGUGCGCAGAAUUAGUGUCGCUAGGCUUGGUCGAGGGCAUCAUAACGGACGACUCGGACGUUUUCCUUUUCGGAGGCAUGCGCGUCUUCAAGAAUAUGUUUAAUCAAUCUAAGACUGUGGAAUGUUUUCUUUCCUCCGAUCUGUCGCGCGAGCUUGGACUGGAACGCGAUACACUCAUCCGUCUGGCGUACCUGCUCGGAAGCGACUAUGUCGAAGGGCUUCCUGGUGUUGGCCCUGUAAUGGCCAUGGAACUGCUGAAAGAGUUUCCGGGCGAGGACGGCCUUCAUAAGUUCAAGGACUGGUGGACAAAAAAAAAGAAGUUCAAAAACUUAUACCUGCCCCUGGAGUGGCCUAAUGCGUCAGUGAGGGAUGCUUACUAUCAUCCGACGGUGGAUUCAUCAGAUGAGCCGUUUAAAUGGGGUAUGCCCGACCUCGACGCCCUCCGACACUUUUUUCACGAAGAGCUACGCUGGAACCAAGCCAAAGUCGAUGAAACACUUCUACCAAUCAUUCAGAAAAUGAAUAAGCGGAGCCAGGUCGCAGCUAUAAAUCGGCAAGGCAACCUAAACAGCUUCUUUGAUGUUGCGCCCGGUAGCGGAUCAUAUGCUCCACGGAAACGACAAGCAUAUGCAAGUAAGCGUCUUCAGCAAGUGGUUACGGAUUUCCGAGAUCGCAGGCAAAAUGGAAUAUAA